AUUAUUUUUUUCACCAGAACAAAACAAAAGAUCGAAUGGUAAUGUUGGGCCCACCGUGUUGAAAUAAGAAAAACCAGAAGCCCAAACCUUGAAACCGCCAACCGAUUCAACCAAGUAACCGAACCACUUGCCGUGCUCAAUUCGGGCACAAACCACAAACCAAUUCCUAUACUAUAAAAUUAAGGUUGCUGCAAUAGUACUUCAUCGGUCAAAUUGUAAGAGCUGUCAAUCACUCACUUCCCUUUUUUUUCCUUCUGAGUAAUCAAACUCUAUCUGGCAAAUGAACGAAGAAGAAGGAAACAAACGGCGGGUCCUGGUGGCUGUGGACGAAGGCGAAGAAAGUAUGUAUGCCCUCUCUUGGUGCCUCAAGAAUAUAGUUUUGCAAAAUUCCAGGGAUACCCUUAUCCUUCUAUACGUCAAGCCCCUUCGUGCCGUUUACACCCCUUUAGAUGGCACGGGUAGGGUAGAUGAUCCUGAAACUCCAGGAUAUAUGUUUUCGUCGGACAUAAGCGCAGCCAUGGAUAGGUAUAGCCAAGAAGUGGCGGAUUGCGUUUUAGAGAAAGCCAAGAAAUUGUGUAAAUAUCUCCAACAUGUUGAGGUGGAGACGAGGGUAGAGAAUGGCGACCCCAGGGACGUAAUAUGUGAGAUGUCUGAAAAGUUGGCCGCGGACAUACUUGUCAUGGGAAGCCAUGGCUAUGGUCUCGUCAAGAGGGCCUUUCUUGGAAGUGUGAGCAAUUACUGCGCACAGAACGUGAAGUGCCCAGUUUUGAUAGUUAAGAAGCCAAAACCACCUGCUGGUGCUGGGGACAUAUAAUUAUAAUAAAUAAUAUGCUAAUUUUGUUCUUUUAUGUUUUUUUUGUAUAAGUUUAGUGACUUGGGUAUGUGUCGUUAAAAUUAGUUCUUCUGGAAUCACUACUAGAUGAAAUUUCCCUUGCAAAUUUACUACUAUAUUAUAAUAAAUAAUAUACUAAUUUUCCUUGCAAAUUCUCUCGCGAGGGAAAUUAGUAGCGAAGAUAAAAUUAGCGACGAAAUUUGCAUAAUAAUUUCCUCGCUGUACAGGAUUUUUCUAGUAGUGAAUGUCAUGUGAAAUGGUUAAUGUUGAAGCCUAUAUAUAGUGGAGGCUUUCUUUACAAUCUUUGUUGGAGAAAGCUUUGAGGAUUGAGAAUGCCUUGCGGAUACGGGUGUGAAUUCAGUGAACAUUCCAGUGGGUCGCCCUAUAGUAUAAUUGUAUUAGAAAAUUGUUAGGCUAGCCUAAUGUUAUGUAGGUAAUCUUGCGUAAGAUAUUUGGGUUAGUUCGAUCCCUUGUAUUUCUAUUUACUUACUUGAGUGAGCAUCUGUUUUGAUCAUAUACAA